AUGCCACACUGCCGUCAACUGCUGUUGCUGCCGCUGCUGCUGCUCUUCUUGGGUUUUCCCACCGGUCCCCGGCACAGUCCGAGUCCGAGUGCCGUGAUUGCCUCGGUGCCUGUGCCCAGCGUAUAUCACGCGCCUGAGCUAAUGAAGGCGGCACUCAAAGUGCUGGAGCGGCAUGUGAGUCAACGCUACAAUGCGCUGGCCAUCAUGGAUCUCUCGCACUCGGUGGCGGUGCAACGUCAGCACAGGCUGGCGAUCAGCUAUCUUCUAAGACAGCUGGGGGAGCGUGUGGCAUUGCAGCUGCUGCGGGAUGCCCUCAUCGAGAAUCCAAGGGAUCACAUUCUGUUUCUGGUGGACUCGACGCGCGCCUUUCGCGGUCUGCGCUUUCACUUUGCCAAAUCCCUGUUCGACAGGGAGUUUCAUUUUCUCAUUGUGCUUGCACGCAGCGGGAGAGAGCACGAGGAGGAACAACGUUACGCUGCGCUGCGGGAUAUAUUCGCCACCUGCCUCAGCUUCCAUGUGCUGAACGUAAUGCUCGAACAACUCGAUGGCGUUGUGCUCGUCUACGGCUAUCGACUGUAUGCUCCGGAGUGCCACGAUUCGCUCACUCCCGAGCUGCUCAAUCGCUACGAAGGCGGCCAAUUUCAGGUGCACAAUCAACAGCUAUUUCCACGUCCCAUGGGCAGUUUGUACGGUUGUCCCAUCAACGUCAGCUGGCAUCCGAUGCCGCCGUUCGUCAUGUUCGACGGCAACUCGAGUGAUCCCCAGCAUCGAGCGGACCUCUCCCGCCUUAGCGGCGUCGAUGGCGUGCUCCUCAAGAAACUUGCCGAUAUCUAUGACUUUCGCAUCAAUCUCUUGGCGCCCUGCGAGAACAGACGAGUCAUCGAAACGGUGUCGGAUGGCACGCUGCACACUUUCGGGUUCUUCACUCACUCCGACGACUGCUUCCAGGAGCUAGCCGACCUGAAUUCCUCGGUGGCCAUCGGGGCGCUGAGUGCAUCGCAUUUCUCGCAUCGCGAACGCUUCUCCACGACGAGUUCGUAUCACCAGAGCGCUCUGAUCUUCGUAGUACGCGUGGAACACAUCAUGGGCGCUGUCAAUCAGCUCGUGACACCUUUCUGCGGGAGCGUCUGGUUCGCCUUGAGUCUCAGCUGUCUGCUGGCGUUGCUUUUGCAGUGGGCGUGGCGUCUACGUUACCGUCGCUUCGAUAUGGCUGCCAGUGCGUUGCAUGUGCACACCACGCUCCUUGGGAAUCCCCUGGAGACUCCCGCUCUCCCGCAUGUGAGCGUGGUGCGCGGCCUUUUGGGGGCUUGGCUGCUGCUCGCUUUGGUGCUGCGUGUCGCGUAUCAGGGCAAACUUUACGAUGUGUUUCGGUUGCCAUAUUUUCCACCGGUGCCCGAACGCAUCGCGGACUUGCUGAGUGGAAAUUACAUCUACUUGGCCCCGGACUAUGCCGACUACUUUCCGGUGAAUCGGACGCGUCUCAGCGCCUACAACUUUCUCACUCGCUUCGCUCAGCUGGAGAAUGCACCGCCGGGUGCAAAGUUGACGACAAUUUCGUUGCUCGACAAUCUGGCGCAUUACAAUCAACUGAACUGGCAGUCGAGUCGUCUCACUCACGUGCGGGAGCACAUCUAUCUUUAUCAGCUGGUCAUGUAUUUGCGUCGCCAUUCGAUCCUCAAGUUUGCCUUCGAUCGCAAGCUCAAGCAGCUGCAAUCUGCUGGCAUCGUCAGCUAUGUGAAUCGCUAUUUUGAGCACAGUUUCGUUCAUGCUCCCGUCACGAGAUUGACCCACGAGGUGGUCGCCAUUCGACUUGAGAUGUUCUGUGGCCUCUACUUUGUCUGUUACGUCAUGCUCACGUUUGCCGUUCUCAUCUUUCUCCUCGAGCUGCUCAGUUUGCGUGUGCGCUGGCUAAGGCGAUACUUUGUCUAA